AUGACCGCGACCACCAACGAUGCAAGUAACCCUCGGGUUGUCGGCGAGGACGCGCUAAGGCCACCGAAACGACUUCGAUCAAUGUCUCCCGAGAUGGAUGAACUCGUCGCGAAGGAACAUGGUCUCAUCGACACCUCGAUGGAAGCUGCCUUCGCCUUCACACGAGUGAUCUCUGAUGCGCAGAUGGCUCUUUCCUGGCUCCAAGCUCGCGACAAACCUGUAGAGAAAUACAGUGCAUCGCCCCUCGAAACAGCCGAUAAACUACGGUUCAUGACGGAUUGCCUUCGACAGACCGGCCGCUUCCAGCCAAUCGAACCCAAAACCCGCACAUCCGACAUAAGCGUGGCAAUCAUCGAAGGCAAUCGGGCCGCGUUGUUUGGAUGGUGCGAUCAUGGUACACGGUCCUACUCGAAGUACAUUGCUUCGGUCGUCGAUCGUGUAGAACAACAGAUGCGUCAGUACCACCUGCUGGCAUCCGAUGCUUCAGGCUGGACUUGGCAGAAAUCCCGAGGUGACUGGUUCAAGUGGGACGACGCGAAAGCAGUUUGGGUCAGUCGCAAAGGGGAAGAACUCUCGACUCGCUGA